AUGUCGACUCAGAAGGAUAUGCGGAGGGUGGACCUGGUGAUUCCAUAUGUCGAGCCACCAGCUGCGAAGAGCGACACGGAUAUUUCAGGUGCUAUGAGCACAACUUUGCCAAUGGCAGCUAUGUUUACACGAAACCGGAUGAUUGGAUGGGUCGCCGUGAUUAUCUCCAUCCAGAGUUGGCUAUCAGAAAGCCCUGAGCAAAGCAAGAACGCUGCUACACCUAGUUAUAUGUCCGUCUUUAUGUCAUUGAUGUCUCUUGCUGUCACAUACAUGCCACUUUUCUUCCCUACACCAGGCGCCCGCGGCAGUGCCACAGCCGAUGCUCCGGCACCGUCGCCGUCCCCAUAA